AUGGCUCUCAACAUUGCAUCCAUACGAGACACAAAAUGGCUGACGCUGGAAGUGUGUCGACAGUUCCAGAGGGGGACGUGUUCCAGAAGCGACGAAGAAUGCAAGUUUGCCCAUCCGCCCAAAAGCUGCACGGUGGACAACGGCAGAGUCAUCGCCUGCUUCGACUCACUAAAGCCCGUGUCGGCAGAUUUAAAGCAGGUUGGACAGGGCAACACCGUUUUAGCCGCGCCACGUAAAAUGUUAGUGCUGGGUGUUCGCUGUCGGCUGGAAUUAGUGUACGCGCAACGAGCUUGUGACCUGUGA